UGCUGCCAGCAUAGCAUGGCUGUGGUAAACGGCAGGUUUGAAGGUCUCAUGUAUAGCCGCAGUAUCAGGGCACGCAGCCUGACCUGUGUGUACUGCAGCACGUUAUCCUCGCUGAAGAGAAGGGGAUUUAUUCUUGAGCCGUGUGUAGGCAAGCGAGUCACUCUACCGGGAGUUCCUGCUUGUCCGGUUAGCGCUGCUGCUGUUCCUGUUGCGCUCUGUGGGGACCGGGGGUCACACCGACUGGGGAUCUUCAGGAGGUCUGUAGCAGCUACGUUCUUGUACGUCCCCAGGAGGAACAGAAAGGUUUACUGGACUUCAAAUUCUGCCAUCAUGCCCGGUUCAAAGUCUCAAGACAUGGGCUCUGCCUUUGUCCAGACGCAGCAGCUUGGCGCUGCCAUGGCCGACACCUUCCUGGAGCACAUGUGCCUGCUGGACAUCGACUCUGAGCCCACCACAGCCCGCAACACUGGCAUCAUCUGCACUAUUGGGCCAGCCUCCCGCUCUGUGGACAUGCUGAAGGAGAUGAUCAAGUCUGGGAUGAACAUCGCUCGCAUGAACUUCUCCCAUGGAUCUCACGAGUACCACUGUGAGACUAUUAAGAAUGUGCGCGAGGCCUGUGAGAGCUUCUCGCCAGGCAGCAUCCACUACCGCCCCGUGGCCAUCGCUCUGGACACGAAGGGACCUGAGAUCAGGACUGGACUUAUCAAAGGAAGUGGCACAUCUGAGGUGGAGCUGAAGAAGGGCAACAUGAUCAAGUUGACCCUGGAUGAUGCCUACCAGGAGAACUGUGAUGAAGACAAUCUGUGGCUGGACUACAAGAACAUCACCAGGGUGGUGGAGCAGGGCAGCAAGAUCUACAUCGACGAUGGACUCGUGUCCCUCCAGGUCAAGGAAAUCGGUGGUGACUACCUGAUGUGUGAGAUUGAGAAUGGAGGGACCCUGGGCAGUAAGAAGGGUGUGAACCUGCCUGGUGCUGCUGUGGACCUGCCUGCUGUCUCUGAGAAGGACAUCUCUGACCUGACCUUCGGCGUGGAGCAAGGAGUGGACAUGGUGUUUGCCUCUUUCAUCCGUAAAGCAGCCGACGUGCACGCUGUCAGGAAGGUGCUGGGAGAGAAGGGCAAGAACAUCAAGAUCAUCAGCAAGCUGGAGAACCACGAGGGAGUGCGCAGGUUUGAUGAAAUCAUGGAAGCCAGUGAUGGCAUCAUGGUUGCCCGUGGUGACCUGGGAAUUGAGAUCCCCACAGAGAAGGUGUUCCUGGCCCAGAAGAUGAUGAUUGGCCGCUGCAACAGAGCCGGCAAGCCAAUCACCUGCGCCACACAGAUGUUGGAGAGCAUGAUCAAGAAGCCCAGGCCCACCCGUGCUGAGGGCAGUGACGUGGCCAACGCCGUGCUGGAUGGAGCUGACUGCAUUAUGCUGAGUGGAGAGACCGCCAAGGGAGACUACCCCCUGGAGGCUGUCCGCACACAGCACAUGAUUGCUCGGGAGGCUGAGGCAGCCACCUUUCACAGACAGCUGUUUGAGGAGCUGCGGCGCACCACCCACCUGACCCGGGACCCCUCUGAGGCCGUGGCCUGUGGCGCAGUUGAGUCCUCAUUCAAGUGCUGUGCUAGUGCCCUCGUCGUACUCACAAAGACCGGCAGGUCAGCCCACCUGAUCUCCAGGUACAGGCCCCGCGCCCCCAUCAUUGCUGUGACCCGUAACGGCCAGACCGCCCGCCAGGCCCACCUGUAUCGCGGGAUCUUCCCCGUCCUCUACAACAAGCCUGCCCACGACGUCUGGGCCGAGGACGUCGACCUCAGGGUCAACUUCGCCAUGGAAAUGGGCAAGGAGCGAGGGUUCAUCAAGGAGGGAGAUGUGGUGAUCGUCCUGACCGGUUGGCGCCCAGGCUCUGGCUAUACCAACACCAUGCGUGUGGUCGUGGUUCCUUGAAUUAUGACUACCCUCCUUUGCCCUUCUCACCCCUCCACUGUCUUGCCCUCCUUGUCCCUCUGCUCACUGCUCCCUGUCCCAACACCAGGGCUCAGACAGACUUGUACAGCCCACAACAAACACCUGUCCUUUUCUUCCUCCCCAAGAACAGGCCAGUGGUGGUGACUUGACCAAUAGGAAAUCUCCCCACUACAGUCCACCCCAGGGUUCGUCACGUAGGUGUGUUCUGUUCGCCCCCAGUCUCCAGGGUAUCUGUACGCGCUCACCAAAGAGAUACAACCUAGCCUGUCGGUCUACGCGUCCCAGGCACCUCUGUUUUGAGAGGCAGGCGGGGCACACCUUAAGAGAGCCUGCUAUACUGUAACUUGUAAAAAUUAAAAACACACACUCCAAUUCCUAUAACGCGAACAAAAUGGUGGCAACCCGACGAACAGCUCUUCUUUAAGGCCCUGUCACCGUUAAACUCUUCCCCCCCAAACAUAGCCCCUUGUUGUGCUGUCUGUAUUUGCAUUGUGUUCUGUAUACUUUCUCUGCACUCACAAUCUACUGUAGACCAUGUUACAUUCUGUAUUAUACUUGACUUUUGUGAAAGGUGAAUUUAGAUUCUGGGCAUCCAAUACUAUAUAUUUUGUCUAACCAUAAGUCCUAUAAUAGUUUGACAGGUUACUUUUUUUGUGUUGAAUUAUUCUUAGAAAGCCCUUACAUUUUGGUCAUAACUAAGUUGGCACUUAAGAACCACUGUAUGUAUGUAAGCUGCUACAUGGUUCUCUCAAAUGAAUGAUGUAUGAAUUCAGUACUUUGAGGGUUUUUCAAAGGGCACCUCUUCUUUCCUCUUGCUCCUGUCUGUCGGUGACCUAGUGUGUAUGUGUCUAAAUGUCUAACUGCUUCUUUGAUUGUGAGGGUAGGGUGUAACACAAUGUUAACUGGUAUAAUGAGUUGUCCUUUACUACUGGAUUUCAAUCAUUAAAAGAAAGAGUUGAGCACC